AACGAUACUUAGAAUUGGAGUCACCACAUAACUAUUACUACAUUUGUUGAGAAGCGUGCAAAAAUGAGGAAAAAGGAAAUUAUAUUUGAUCCAGAGAAAAGAAAAAACUUUUUAUCUGGAUUUCGAAAGCGAAAGAAUGAGCGUCGAGCUCGUGCCAAAGAACAGCUUGAGCAAAGUAUAAAGGAAGAGCGGAAAAGAAUCAGAAAUGAUCUCAAAAAUUGCAUGGUACACAUGAAGAAAACGUUCCAGCCGCUAUCUAUAGAUCCCGAGUUAGAAGAAAAGGAAAAGGAAUACGAAGACGAUGAGGUACAAAUAAAUGUCAUCGAAUUAACAGCAAGCACUUUGCCAAAGAAUCGGGAAGAAGACGUCGAUGAAGAUUCUAACGCUAGUGAUGCGUCCGGAAACGAGCCAUAUAUUGAUUCUAUUCCUGGAAUGGAAUUAAAAGCUGCAGGAGAAGUAGUAAAAAAGAAAGAGGUUAAAUAUAAAUCUAAACAAGAGGAAAAGUCAUUAACAGAACUUGGCAAGAUUGGAAGCAAGAAAAUGUUAGAUCGAUUAAAGAAAAAGAAAGCAUUAAAGGAAUUUAAGAAAAGUAAAGUCUUCAAGCAGAAAGUACGUAUUGAAAAGAAAAAACAACAAAAAAGUAGUAGGCGCGAGAGAAAGUUCUCUAAGAAAGGACCCAGCGGGGGUGGUGCUUUGGGAAACAAAGGCAAGUCAAGUCGAUUUAAAGGAGGAAAUCCGGCUGCUCGUGGAAGAAGAAAAUAGUGCAAAGAGCCUUUUAUAUUACAUAAGUUUGAAAAAAAAAAAGACAAAAUAUGUGAUGCAUUUUUAUAUUGAAAAGGGAAAUACAUUUUUAAGCAAAAAAUAAAAAUAAAACAA